CAAAAAGUGAGGCCAGCUUGGAAUGAGACCAACCUGUCCUCUCCUUUUAUUUCUCCCAUCAUAUUAAGCUGAUGAGUUAUUUUCACCAUGUCUCAAAUUUGCCCAAGGGACAAUAGGAAGAGACAUUAUACAGUACUGAAAUGCCCAUUGGUUUGAUGAAAUAGUUACGCUGCUGCCUUGAAUUUGCAUGGGACAAAUCAGGAUCUAACUGGGCAUGUGCACAAUCUGCAGGCUCUCAUAUUUAAAUAGAAAGCCGCUUCCAUCGCUGCUGCCUCUUGCUGAGCUUAGAGACUGAAAGAGUGACUCUGAGGCUUUACAGAGGGGGGGGGGAAAUCACCAUUGGAUUGUGUACAGCUUCAGAAGAGACUGGGAGAGAGAAAUCGGACAAGUCUUUUGGAGAAGUUGAAAAUGGGUGAAACUGUGCCGAUCAAUUAAAGGGUCCUACGCAGAGGGAUUUUUGUUUCAUUUUGGUGGCAUUUCCUGGGUAAAUGGUUUCGACCUUACCCAUAUGAAUACGCAGUCCAUGCAGAGAGACACCUCAUCUACGGACUCCUACCACAGUAGAGUCGUAGAUUUCCUGAAUGACUCGGAAGCCAAUGCCUUCAAGCUGGUGGACCUGGCUCCAUUAACCCCGACGGAGCUGACGAUGCUGAACCCCCCACACCCUUUCCCGACAGUGGACAUCCCAGCCCACACUCACUAUACCAUCGGGGCUGUCAUUCUUGUAGUGGGGAUCACAGGAACUCUUGGUAACCUCCUGGUCAUCUUUGCUUUCUGCAGGAGCAGAGGCCUUCGGACUCCCGCCAACAUGUUCAUUAUCAACCUGGCUGUUAGUGAUUUCCUAAUGGCCGUCACCCAGUGUCCAGUUUUCUUCACCAGCAGUCUCAACAGACGAUGGAUAUUUGGUGAAAAAGGUUGUGAGCUGUACGCUUUCUGCGGAGCGCUUUUCGGCAUCGCUUCCAUGAUCACUCUAACAGUGAUAGCCCUGGACAGGUACUUUGUGAUUACGCGACCCUUGGCUUCCAUUGGAGUAAUGUCUAAGAAGAAAGCUUUGCUAAUCCUGUUAGGAGUCUGGCUGUAUUCCUUAGCAUGGAGCCUUCCUCCCUUCUUUGGAUGGAGUGCUUAUGUUCCAGAAGGCCUCCUGACAUCCUGCUCCUGGGAUUAUAUUACUUUCACCCCAUCAGUCCGUGCCUACACAAUGCUCCUCUUUUGCUUUGUGUUCUUCAUUCCUCUAAUUGCCAUCAUAUACAGCUAUUUCUUCAUUUUCAGAGCCAUCCGGAAUACAAACAGGGCUGUUCAAAGGAUCAGUUCAGACGGUACAAAAGAAUCUCAAAGGCUGUCCCAGAGGAUGACGAAUGAAUGGAAAAUGGCCAAAGUAGCCCUGGUUGUCAUCUUGCUUUAUGUCCUCUCCUGGUCUCCAUAUUCCAUGGUAGCUUUGCUGGCUUUUGCAGGGUACUCCCAUGUGCUCACUCCCUUAAUGAACACAAUACCUGCAGUGAUUGCCAAAGCUUCAUCCAUCUACAACCCAAUCGUUUACGCCAUUGCCCACCCCAAAUACAGAACGGCGAUUGCGAAAUUUCUUCCCUGCCUUGGAUCUCUGCUAAGGGUUUCUCAUAAGGACUCCAGAUCUAACAGCUUCCCUUCCACCAGACGUUUCACUGUCACCAGCCAGUCCUCUGAUAUAAAUGGGCUGCCAAGAGGAAACAGACGGCUCUCCUCUGUCUCAGACAGUGAAUCUGAAUGGACUGACACAGAGGCGGAUAUCUCUAGUCUGAACUCCAGAGGUGCUAGCGGGCAAGUUUCGUACGAGAUGGGUGAAGACACCAUGGCAGAAAUGAACGAUGUCAAAGUCAAAUCUAAACUGAAAAGCCACGAUUCAGGGAUUUUUGAAAAGACUUCGGUGGAUGCAGAUGACAUUUCUAUGGCAGAGGACUUAGCCUUUGGGAACUACAUCUUUGGAGACAGCCUGACAGGUGACGAUCUGUACACUUUUGGCGUGAGAGCAGAAGAGUCUUGCUACCCGUCAUCUGCAGCCCAGAUACCCAGCAUCGUGGUAACCUACAGCAACGUCCAGCGAAUGGAGCUGCCUUUUCAAUCCAACUCGGACCCUUCAUGCUCCAGGAACAGUGGCUAUAGCUGGGAGAGGAACUCCAGCAGCCGGCUAGAGUGGCUGUGCCAGGAAAGUGCCUUAGGUCCUACGCCAGAGACACACAUGUGUCAGCUUAGUGUAGAAAACCUUCCAAAACAUCACUGAAGCAGGAAAGAGGGGGCAGAAGAAUGAAAAUUGCCGGCUUUCCUGUAAAGAUUCAAAAAACAGCUCCACGAUAGUUAAUUUGCUUUACAUGUUGAUUGCGUUCUCCACAAUGUUUGUGCUAAUAAGUCGAGCAUUUAAAACCAAUAGAGGUAGUAGCCCGUUUUAUCCUGAGAACAGGCUCACACAUGAAUCUUGUAUGGACAGUCUACACCCAGCCAUCCACAGAUCGCAACUGUCAGGGAGGCAAUCUCUGAUAAUGUCCAGCUGGGCCUGGAAAAGCAGCAGGCAGGGAAUCAGCUGACAUGCCCAGCCUUUUUUGACCAGUGGUGGGAAUGUUGAGAAAGUGUUGCAUGUGCCAGUCGCAAAAUGGCUGCCAUGGUGUGACGUAACACAAAAUGGCCGCCACACCUGAAAGAGGCAGGGCCAAAGAUGGCUUGGGCACCCUCCCUGUAUCAGCUCCCCUAUCAACGGGGAGCGGGGAGCACCUACAUCAGCCACAACUGCACUUGCUAACUCUUGGUUCGAAUGGAAGGGAGGUUUGGUUGUCCAGUCCUGCCAUCCAAUGAAAUAUGAGCAUGUGUGCAGCACGGAAGCCAAAGCAGUGCCAAUAUAAACUGAACAGAAACAGCAAACUGUCCCUCAUGCGUUGUUGAUUUUUUGAGGGGAUAUUUAGUGAGACCUUUCACAAGUAUUGUAGAAGAUCCUUGUGGGCACAUGCAUUGGUGGCCCCUAGCCUGGUGGCUCAAAGGAAUAUAUA